AUGGGUUCACGUGACGAUGAAUACGAUUAUUUGUUCAAAGUUGUGUUGAUUGGGGAUUCUGGCGUUGGAAAAUCCAAUUUGCUUUCACGGUUUACCCGGAAUGAAUUUAAUUUGGAAUCGAAAUCAACGAUCGGUGUUGAGUUUGCAACAAGGAGUAUACAGGUUGAAAGAAAAACAGUGAAAGCUCAAAUAUGGGAUACAGCAGGACAAGAGAGAUAUAGAGCGAUAACUUCUGCCUACUAUAGAGGUGCCGUUGGUGCUCUUUUGGUGUAUGAUAUUGCUAAACAUGUUACGUAUGAAAAUGUUGAAAGAUGGCUCAAGGAAUUACGUGAUCAUGCAGAUCAAAAUAUAGUAAUAAUGCUGGUUGGAAAUAAGAGUGAUUUGCGUCAUUUGCGUGCAGUGCCUACGGAUGAAGCGAAAGCGUAUGCUGAAAAAAAUCAGUUGUCAUUCAUCGAGACAUCUGCUCUUGACAGCACAAAUGUAGAAGCUGCGUUUACAAAUAUUUUGACUGAGAUCUAUAAAUCAGUUUCGGUAAAGCACGUUGCGGGUGACAAUAGAGGAAUGUCGGCACCAGGCUCAAAUGGCAUAGUAAUUUCACCAACUGCGGAGCCUCAAACAAAAAAGCAGUGCUGUUCAAGUCUGUAA